AUGGUGGCCGCAACGGUGGAAGAGGAAGGGGCGGUGGCGUCGUUGGAGGAAGAGAGGAGGGGGAGGCGACGGGAGAUGGAUGGGGCGGUGGCGUUGGAGAAAGAGAGGAGAGGGGCCGAGGGACAGACCGAGGGGGUGGAGAUGCUAGAGUUCGCACUAAUGAAGGAGCAAGAGCCUAUGCUAGAGUGGCUGUUAUUUGCUCACGAGUGGCAACAGGUGCCAGCAUUUGCUGCACUGGGAAGGAGAAGAGGCAAAGUAGUCAUUGAUGCAUCAACGAAGCGGCGUCAGAAGGGCGUGGGUGGUGGACGUGGAGAAGACGCUGGACGAAGCCGACGCGUCGGUGGAGGUGUGGCGGUGGCAGCGGCACUCCAUCUACCGCGUGCCGGCGUGCAUCAAGGACCUGAACCGCAAGGCGCGCGCGCGCUGCGGCACCUGCUCUGGCGCGCCAAGCGGCCGCUGGAGGAGUUCGCGGCCGCCGUGGAGGACGUCGCGGAGAAGCUAGAGAGCGCGUACCUCGACCUCGGCGACGAGUGGCGCGGCGCCGACGGGUGGGAGCGGUUCCUGGAGAUGAUGAUCGUCGACGGCUGCUUCCUGCUGGAGGUGAUGAAGGCCACCGAGGAGGACGGGAGGAAUAACGUCAGCGACUACGCGCCCAACGACCCCAUCUUCAGCCACCAUGGGGUGCUCUACAUGGUGCCAUACAUCCGCCGCGACAUGCUCAUGCUCGAGAACCAGCUGCCGUUGGUCCUGCUUGAGAAGCUCGUCGCCGUCGAGACUGGCAACCCUCCGAAUGGCGAUGUCAUCAACAGGAUGGUGCUGAGGUUCCUGACGCCGACGCCCCGGCUGCCAACCUCCGGCGUCGGCAUCGGGCUCCACGCGCUGGACGUGCACCGCCGGAAAAUGCUCUACGGCCACUACCAGCACCCUUCACCGAGCCAGGUGCCGGAGACGGACAUCAUCCGGUCCGCGGUGGAGCUGUACGAGGCCGGGAUCCGGUUCAAGAAGAGCAUCUCGGAGAGCCUCCACGACAUCCGCUUCCGGCACGGCGUGCUGAGCAUGCCGGCGGUGACGGUGGACGACUCCACCGAGUACAUGUUCCUCAACAUGAUGGAGUUCGAGCGGCUGCACGUCGGCGCCGGCAACGACGUGACGGCGUACAUCUUCUUCAUGGACAACAUCAUCGACUCCGCCAAGGACGUGGCACUGCUCAGCUCCAAGGGCAUCAUCCAGAACGCCGUCGGCAGCGACAAGGCCGUGGCCAAGCUCUUCAACAGCAUCUCCAAGGACGUGGUGCUGGAGGCCGAGAGCGCGCUGGACGCCGUGCACCGGGAGGUGAACGCCUACUGCCGGAAGCCGUGGAACAUGUGGCGCGCCAACCUCAUCCACACCUACUUCCGGAGCCCUUGGGCGUUCAUGUCGCUCGCCGCCGCCGUCUUCCUACUCGUCAUGACCAUCAUGCAGACUGUCUAUACCGUGCUGCCAUACUACCAGCCGGACCUAGGCAGCGGUGGCUCGCCGGCAGCGCCGGCUCCGAUGUGA